AUGAGGGAGUUUACUUUUGACUUUUCUAAAGUGAGAUGGUGUAAAGUGAAAAAUAAUGGAUGGCAUCUGACUCAACAGGAACGCCAGCUUUUGGGGUCUAAUUUUGUGGCCAAUACAAUUACAAAAACUGCUGCAAUCAAUGCAACUGCUUCAUCUUUCACAUGCACCCACUGUGGUAAAUCAGGUCACACGGAGAAUCAAUGCUAUCGUAAACAUGGUUUUCCUUCUAACCAUGACAAUAAAAGCAAUCGUGGUGCCUCUAAUCGGUCUGGUAAAAUUUGUAUUCACUUUGGGAGAAAUGGACACACUAUAGAUGUUUGCUACCGUAAACACGAGUUUCCUCCAGGUUACAAAUCCCCGACUGGCAAGACUUCCAUUGUAAACAACACGGUGACUGAUGAAUGUAAGGCCAGUGAUCAACAGCAAGCUAUUCCAAACCAGGAUUAUCGCUUCACUCCUCAGCAGUAUCAAAUCUUGAUGGGUUUAAUACAACAGUCAACCAAUAGCAGCUCAGCUUCUCCUUCUUCACAUAUAAAUCAUGUUGGUUCUGUUUCUUCAUGUUCCACACAGCCCUCACCAUCCCCAGGUAAUUGUUUUUCCACCUCUGCCAGCACAUACAAUCUCACCUCUUGGGUCAUUGACUCUGGAGCCACUGAUCAUAUAUCUUCUUCCCUUUCAAAUUUCUUUUCGUAUCGUUCCAUUAAUCCUAUUGUCAUCAAGCUACCCACAGGUCAACAAGAUCUAAAAACCAAAGAGAAGAUUGGUACAGUUGAUGUAAAUGUUGGUCUCUACACCAUGACCAUUGCUGCCAUUCAAACCUCUAUAUGUUCUACUGUCUGCAAUCCUGAAUGUAGCAUUCAAUCCAUUGAUCUGUGUACUAUUAAAGCCCACCGUAAGAAAUUGGAUCCCAGGGCUCACCCUUGUGUUUUUCUUGGAUUCAAACCCCACACCAAAGGCUAUCUCACCUUCAAUCUUCAUACUCGUAACAUUGAGGUUUCUCGAAAUGUUAUAUUUUAUGAAGACCAUUUUCCUUAUGUUGACCAUACUGCUCAACCUACAUCAUUUACUCCAUCUCUCCCUCUACCUUUCACAAAUGACCACAUUAUUUCUGACUUCAAUCUUCAUAAUCUUGCACCUUCCACUUCUCAGCCUUCUCCUUCUAUUUCUUCACCCGAAUCUGCUCAUUCAACCCCUGCUCCUCGUCGAUCUACUCGUUCACAUCAUCCACCUUCCUAUCUUCGAGAUUUUCAUGUGACACUUACAUCAACUGGAUCACCAUCUUCUCCAGGUAUUCGCUAUCCCUUAGAGUCUUUCAUUUCUUAUGCUCACUUAUCUUCAUCUUUUCGUCAUUUCAUUUUAUCUAUUUCUACUACCACCGAGCCUAACUCCUUUGCUGAAGCUUCUAAGCAUGACUGUUGGAUUAAAGCUAUGAAAGAUGAGAUCACUGCCCUAGAAGCCAAUCAUACCUGGACUAUCACCUCUUUACCACCCAACAAAACAGCAAUUGGUUGCAAAUGGAUUUACAAGAUAAAACACAAUGCUGAUGGAUCAGUUGAACGAUACAAAGCCCGCUCGAUGGAUCAGUUGAACGAUACAAGGCCCGCUUAG